AUGAACUCCCAGACCCUCCUCAUGCUCUGCUGCACGUUGGCGCUGCAGUUCGCGUACUACGUGGACGCGGCGGCGUUCCUGCGGCAGGACAAGGACAAGUCCGCCCCGGCGGUGGUGGAGAACGCCAAUCAGCAAUAUAUCUCACCAGGUACGUUGUAUAUGGGCUAUAUAUAGGUUAUAGUAAAGUAAAAUGUCAAAAAAAUCGCAAAAAAAACUAAAAAUUUCAUUUAAAAAAAAUUCAAAAAAUUAAUUUUUUUAAUAAAAAAUGGUCUUUUUUGGCGGAAAAUUUCUGUAUAGGAUAUAUAUAGGUUAUAGUAGAGUAAAAUGUUUAAAAAAAUAAAAAAAUAAUAAAAAAAAAUCAUUUUGAAAAAAAAUUUUUUAAAAAAAGUUUUUGGUCCCACCACGAAAACAAGAAUUUUUUUGGCCAAAAAUUUCUCUCAGCAAAAUAUAAAAAAUCUAAAAAAAAAGCAAAAUUUUCAUUUAUUAUAAAAAUUUUUCUUUUAAUUAAAAUUUUUUGAUCAAAAAUGGUCCCACCACGAAAACAAGACACUUUUUUGGCCUAAAAAUUCUCUCUUGAUAUGUUUUUUUCUCAAUUACUUUCAUAUAAGGCCGUUCCCGAUAUAAAAUGCAUGCUUCCAGGAGGCCGUCAGCGGCGCCGCACGGUAUAAAUUUCUGAUGAGGUCAUUAAGGGCCCCGUAAUUUCACGGCAAAUUGAAGUGGCAAAACUUUUUCGCCUUUAUGUGAUGACAUUUGGCCGUAAAAAAGCGGGAAUAAGGCUGCGAGCUCGGUUUUACGAGAAAACGCAAAAGGCAAAGCAAUGUAAAAAUGAGAUGCUGAGAGAUUACAAGGCUCAAACGUUGAUAGAGAUCAGUUUUUACUAUUGAAAAAAUGGCAGAGAAGAUCAAAAAAAUGAGAUUUUUUGAGCUUUUUUCCAAUUUUUCGAUCAGAAAAAAUAAUUUUUUUUUGCAAAAUCGCUGGUCAAAAAUUUAGAACACCUCUAAAAAAAUCUAUAUUUUACAUCCUCCCCAAAUUUCAGCAAAAUCCCGGCUUCUCAAAAAAAAUUUUGGGUCCCACCACGAAAACAUUUUUCCCUCCCAAAACCCAUAAAAUCCUUCCAAUUACUUCGCAAAUAGCCUCUAAUUUAAAUUCCUGACGCAAUUUUUGUUUACAUUUGCCCAUUCGUCUAGAAAGUCCAACUUUCAAAACUACAGUAACCCUCGGUCCAAAACUUCCAAAAAACAUGAGACAUCCGGUCAAAACUGGCGUAGCAUGAAGCCGAAUUUCACGUCUGUUGCGUCAAUGUCUCAGAUUUCAGAGUUCGAACACUUCCGCGUGAGAAAUUUUGUAAACACCUGGAAACGGAAAAAUAAAAAAAAUAUAUAAUAAUAAAAAAAAAGUUUUAUUACAAAUUUUCGAAAUUUUCUGCGAUUUUUCAAUUGCACAGUGCACAAGGUCAACUGCACAGUGCGGACAGCUAAAAAAAGUUAAGAAAAGAAAGUCUACGCACUUUUUGAAAAAGCGUAGUAGCAUCUGAAAUGAAUUUAAAAACAUUAAAAAAUGUUUAUUUUUAUUUUAAAUUUGAGAAAAAAUCAGAAAAAUUUACUUUUUAUAAAUAUCUUUUUUUAUUUUCAGAAGUCGCCCAUCUCCUUCUCGAGCCUCAGGUUGUCCAGGAUUUGCUGGAACUGCAGAGUCAAUACCGUCCAGGUGAGUGUUUCUUCCAAAAAAAUUUCAAAUUCAACAGACAAAAAAUGCUGUAUAGGAACCAAAAAAAAUAUUUGUUAUAGAGAGGUUUUGCGAAAUAUCAGUCUGUCGGGAAAAUAAUGAACUUUCUGUCGUAUCAAACAUCGCAUCGCCGCCGAAAAAAUGAGUGUCGCGGCAAAAUUAAAUUGCUUUUCACUUCAGCGACGCGAUUCGUUCAGCGAGAUUUUGCUUAUUAUUUUCCCGACAAACUGAUAUUAAGGUUAAUAUAAAAAUGAGGUAAAAGUUCCUUAUUUUGGCCACAACUUAUAACUUUGCGGAAACUGGUCGGAAUUUGCCCAAAUUUAGCGUGCACGCUCAAUUCAUCGUUGUCAAUGCCCGGACAGUGGAUUUAGUUAGUGAGGUACCUUCUUUUUUACGUACCACCUUACCCUUCAAAAACGGCUGCAGCCUGUGAUUUUACACUUUAUACGAUGAAACAUGUCCGGAACUAAACUUAUUGCCUCCGUAUGGAACUAAAUGAGUCGUCACAGCCUUCGUAGGUACCCUUAAAACUAUAGAGCUAUUAUAGUAAUUCAGUGCCAGCUAGGUCGAAGCGUUUUUUCCUUACUUUAGUGCCCAAGCUUGGGCGCAGUUCGCGGAGUACCUUUGUUCUGGCCAAAAUAAGGAACUUUUUCCAAAAAUGACUCUUGAGAGGUUGCAAAUGGUCUGUAAUAGAGAGAAUUUGCUUUACAGCAGUUUUUUAUUCAGAGGUUUCUCUGUAAAGACGAUUUUUUCGAUUGAAAAUGCCAUUAUUUUGCUGUAAAAUACGCGCGAAUAAAAGUGGGAUCUGUUUGACGCAAUUUCUUGUUUCAAAAAAGUUUCGACGACAAAUUUUAAAAGAACGUUGAAAAUCGAAAGGAACGGCAAUUACAUGCUUUGUAUAGAAAGCCGGAAUAAUUCGGAAAAUCUUCACAGCUGGAAACAGUAUUUUUUUGAAUUUGAGAAAAUUGCCGGACGUUAUUCAGAGAUCGAGUUUUUGAAACGUUUUUAGCACCGGAAUUGUGACGAAGUUUCAUAUAAAAAAUAGUUUAUUUAAAUUGAAGUUGAAAAGAAUAAAAAAAAAAGAUUUUUUUUUGCUGUAGUUGUCUCUCCUCAUUUUGCAUACUCUCUCAGAAAAAGAUUUUUUUUGUUGAAUAUCUCGGCUGAGCUUUCAAAUUUAUAGCUAAAAUUUUUAGGUAUAGAUAUAUGGGCUAUAGAAAUUUUUAUGGCUAAAUUUGAAGAUUGCCUGAGGGCAAAAUCUUGAGAAAUUCUUUUUUUUGACAAAUUUUUUUUUGAUUUUUCGGCAAAAAAUUAGAAAAAAAGGUAAAAAAAUAAUUUUCUAGGCUAACAGAAAAAAUUUUAGCAUUGCCUGAGGGCUAAAUUUCACAAAAUUUCAAAAAAAAAAAAAAUUUUUUAAUAAAUUUUUUUUUCGAUCAAAAAAUCCAAAAAAAUCAAAAAAAAAAGAAAUUUUUAUGGCUAAAUUUGAAGAUUGCCUGAGGGCAAAAUCUUGAGAAAUUCUUGUUUUUUGACAAUUUUUUUUUUUUGAUUUUUCGGCCAAAAAUUAGAAAAAAAUGUAAGAAAAUAUUUUUUCUAGACUUACAGAAAAAAUUUGGACAUUGCCUGAGGGCUAAAUUUUACAAAAUUUCAAAAAAAAAUUUUUUAAUAAAAUUUUUUUCCAUCAAAAAAUCCAAAAAAAUCAAAAAAAAAUGUUUUUACACCCCUUACAGUAUCUUCAACUAAUUUCCCGACAUUUUUCAGGUCAAGAGCAAGUUGUUGAAUCGGCGCCCGAAGCCGAGCUGCCCGCCCAGAAGCGCGCCCAGACCUUCGUGCGGUUCGGGAAACGCGCGCAAACGUUCGUCCGCUUCGGGAAACGUGCUCAAACCUUUGUUCGUUUCGGUUGAACCACCACUACGCCGCCCCCACCCAACUCCACACUUAACAUCCAGCUCGACUCCACUGUAAAAAAUCUCGAUUUUUAACUCUCGAACGGUACGAAGAAUUUCGAAGCAAUUUUCUAAUCUUUUUUUUUUAAAAUAAUAUAAUUUAAUUUGAAGAAAAGGUCGAAUAAAUCUAGAACUUGUUGUUUUGGCGGGGAUUUUUUUGAAGUUUUGAGGAUAAGUAGCAGGAAAAAAUUAAAAAAAAAUCGAAAAUUUGAAAAAAAUAUAUUUUUGUAAUUUUUAUGACAAAAAAUAAUGAAACUAAAUGCUUUUUUUUAAUAAAAAAAUAAAAAAAAUGUUUUUUUUUUUGUAUUUUUUUUUUGGAAUUUUUUGAAAUUUUUGGGAGUAAUAGCCGAAAAAAAAUAAAAAAAAAUCUCAAAAAUACAGAAAAAUUCAGAAAAAUACUUCUAAACAAGUUUUUGAUAAGAAAAAAUAAAAUAAAAAUAGCAUAGUCUAAAAAAAUAAUUAAAAAAAGAUAUUUUUUCUAAAAAAAUAAAAAAUAAUGAUCAAGUUUUCAUAACGUAUUUUAAAAAAAAAUAUGAUUUUCAAUUUUUAUUUUUUUUCAAUUUUAGCGGCUCGUGUUCCUCAACUCCAUCCAGUACUCCUGAGCAUCAAUCAACCCUACAAUAUAAUAUAAAAUAA